CUUAUCGGGAAAUUUUUCAACGAUUACCUUAAUUUUAAGUCGGGCACGGGAUUACAAAAAUAAAGGGUCAUUCUAGUUUGUUUACAUACAAAGAAAAAGAUGUCAAGCUUGACUAAACAAUUAACAGCAUAACAGCCUGAGCAGGAUGGUUAUUAAACUUAAAGGUUGUUCUUGGAAAAGGUGCGUUGUAUAAGAAUUUUCCAGUCUUACUGUUAAUGGGCAAUAAAGACCCGUGCCAUCUGCAUCCAUGGAUGAUCCAGUUCAAGUCCAUGUGUGCAUGACUGUGGUAGAAUAAUAUAAACUGCGGAAAUAAACCUCACAAUGUAACCUAACGCUUCACGAGUAUUACAUCUAUUUCAAGAUAUAGGGACAACCAAUGAAUAGACAGAACAUAGCUCCACUUCCCGCUGGUGCGUUGGCCUUGAGCUCACCUUUACCUGGGCCCCAGAGCUGCCUGAUACAGGCUAUAGGGAUAAGCAACCAGGAACUGGAAAGUCUACUGGCAAAGCCUGCUAAAGAGUUACCAGUACAAGUUUUUCAUGAACUUGGCAAUAAAUUACAACCUUUGAACUAUGGAAUACGUACCGGUGAUUGGAUACAUGUUGCAGAACUACUUGGGUUUUCCCAACAACAUAUUGAAAAUUUUGAGGUACAAUCAAACAUCCAGCGUGAGUCCGCGGGUUUUCUGAUGUUAAUGGAGUGGCGUGGACACGAAGACUGCAGCUCCCUCUUUAUACUGAGAGAUACACUAUGGAGCUGUGGCCGAUACGACUGUGUCACCCUGCUGGAUAGAAAGAUAGAAGAAACAAUGUUUAUGCAUCUCUAUUUGCGAAUCAUUGAUGACUGGAAUACAUCUUCACCCACGCGCUUGCUGAAGGUCCGUACUAAAUGUGACACCACAAUACAAGAGAGUCUUCAGAAUUUACUGGGUGGGGACUCGGACGAUAGCGAAUAUGAAUUGGUGGACACACCCCUACUGUCAAAAGCUAAGGGGUUCAAGGGAAAACAGAUUACCUUGAGAAAAAAGGCCUCAAGACGACCAGAUCUUUUACCUUUGAAUAUAAGAGCAGGAGAAACUUCUAGCUCUGAUAGCAGCAUCGAAAACACCAUCUCCAUGACUCAAUUGCAACAAGUAAAAUACAUACCCAGUGAAUACACUAAUACAAUUCCUUGUUGCUUGAAAGAGGGAGAGCAAGAGGAGGUGAUACCAAAGAGCUGUGGUGGGGAUACCAUGACCUGUGGGGAUAUGAUAAGGAAGACUAUUUAUAUCACAGAAGAUUGUGUCUACUGUGGUAAAAUGAGGACAGUCAGUCGGAGACUAGCCAGUGAGACGUCUUCCACUGUCAAUACCGGGGUACACUGUCUGUCUUGUAACUGUUCUUCUUAUCCUAUCCCCUCCACCGAACCAUUACGUCCUCUAACAAGUGUCCCUGGAAUGACCUAUCAACAGUUCAGCAUAAUGGGACCGAACAUUUCACCCACCUCUCAAGUUUCCACAAACCAUUUUCCCCUAAUGACUCUCAAUACUGAAAACAGUUUGUCACUGUGUUCUCUUGUGGAAGACUCAGAAAGGACAUCGGUGAAACAGUUACAUACAAGAGAAAAUGCAGCAGAAAACUUUUCUAUCUCCAAACCAAAGGCCAACUCUUACACACUGCUGCCUUCAGGCACAACUGUUGAUGAUGACAUUCAAGGAUUCUCCAGAAAUGUAGAUCAGGAAUCCUUGACAUCGGCGACACAGACUAAAAGACAGAGAUCUGUUUCCGAGCCCCCAGACAUUUUAGUUGCUGAACUUAAGGGCAAGUUUAAUCUUUCCAUGCCGUCUUCCUCUGCUGAAAUCCCCAAACUUCCUAAAAAGCGUAAAAUAGAAAUAUCUUUCCAAGAAAUCUGUGAAAUAAUGAGAAAUUUUCCUGGUUGGGAUCCAGAGGAAACAGAAAAUAUGGUUGAGAAGUCAAUGUCCCAUUACUGCAAAGAAGAUGGCCACUAUGUCAUUUGGUACAUGAGGGAGGCUCAUCGUCUCGUCGUAACUGUCAGUCACAUGAGGAAGCUGGUCCAUUAUGCAGUUUUUUCAGAGCGACACAUCAGCGGACAAGACUGGCACUACUUCUUUCCAGAACAUAAAUUCCCUGAUAUCCGAUCUUUACUAAGGCACCACAUGGAAAAUGGCAUUGAUCCUCAAUCCUCUCAGAGAGGUCAAGGUCGUAGAGAUUUGGAUAAGCAGCAGAAUAUGCGAAACAGUCGUCGAGAAGUGGUAUUAUCACAUGUGACCUUGAAAUAUCCACGUCGACCUCAGCCAAUAAAGUCAAAUGAUAAAGUUUAACAAUACUCUGGUAAAAUAAAUUGAAUUGAUACGAUAAAGCUGAGGAAUACUCUGGUAAUACCCUGUAUUAUAUUGUAUACUCGAUACAAAUUUUGUUUCUUUUUUCCCAAAAAUUUACCGGUUCUCCAAUAGGAAAGUAUUGUAACAUUAAAGUUGCAAUAUGUUACACCCGUAAAUUGUAUCGUCGAUACUAUAAACAUGAAGCCAAAUGUUGAGCGACAUUUUUCAUACAGGUUGUUAUAUUAGUUUUGUUUAUUGGGCUUUUAAACUGAAUUAUAUUUAUAAUCUCCAUAAAUUUCUUUAGUCCAUGAUUUUAAUACUGAAUUGUCUAAUGGAUUUUUCCGAUCACGACAAGAAGUAUCCAGCGGUUGUGACCAAUCAACAGGGGAAGUUUUCUCCUCAUUGGCACCUGAUUCACCUCUUAUGUAUUAAGUCCGUGUUUGUUCUUUAUAUUGUUUUAAUAUAUAUGUACUUCUAUACUUCAUUGUACUGUGUUCUAACUUCAUAUUUCAUAAAUAAUAU